AUGUCCCUUCGUCAGCAAAUCACCAGGCCGCUGGUCAACGAUGUAACCGACGGCUAUCAGCAUACUCACACCGUUGUGUUCCUUCAUCGCUUCAAGGAGGCAACCACCGACGAGGAGCUAAAGACCAAGGUCCUUUCCGAGAAGUUGACUAAAAAUCAUAAGACCCUUCGCGAACAAUUCCCCAACGUUCGUUUUGUGUUUCCUUUCGGGAAGGCUACUCCUCGCCCGUGGAACAAUCUGUCGCCUGAGGACAGAGCCGCUGUCGGCAUGACCAAAAGCUCCAUGCCAUACAUCACCCAGAUCGUCCUCCAGGAGGCUGAGCAUGUCGGUGGUCUGGACCGCGUGAUUCUUGGUGGGCAGGGAGAGACUGCCGAGGCAGCUCACGAGGCUAUGUCGUCAUUCCCCGAGUGCAAGAGUGACAGUGCAGAUGACGUUGCUGUUUUCAUUCAAGAUAAGCUUCACUCGACCUGUACCGAUCUCAGCCAGCUGCGCCUAGCGGGCUUUGUUGGUAUGCAUACCCCCGACGGUGAGAUGACCCGCGAUGUAAGGAACAAGGCGGUCAUGUCCAAGGCAGCUCCAGGGAAGAACAAGAUCAACUCCAGUAUCGUCACCAACACACCUCAUAAGUUCAUCAAUGGUGGAUACACGACGCAGACCAUGACGUGGGAUGGAAAGCGCAUCGACACGUUCGCGGAGUUUCUCGAAUCUAUCCAAGUGUACCGCGUCCCCGACAGAAGGAAGAUGAGCAUAGAGACUCUCGUCCCCAAAGAUCGCAAGCCUGUUGAGAGGUGGGACCCAAGGGAGAACCUCAGCGAUGCACAGAAGUAUGCGCUUGAAAUCGCGGAGCAGAAGAAGGAGAACGAAAAGUUGAGGGAAAAGAUCCUGGUUCGUAUUGAAGCCAACAAGGUUGAGCGCAAGAUCAUUCAGGAAAGGGAGAGAAGGAAACGAGGCACUGCUUCAAAUCCUUCAAAACCUCAUGAUCGAUACGCAGAUACCGUCAAUUCCCUUGGCGAGGAACCAAUCCGACCUUUGAACCGACAUGCUGGUCAGACUUCAAAUCAAUUCGCAUGUCUAGGUCAGUCACUGGAAUCCAUUGACAUUGAAGAGCCAUACACGGAUGAAUCCUCCGAAGAGUCUUCUAACGUUGAUGAAUGCGAGCAGAUCACCCACGCAGGCAAGCCUAGGGCAUCAGUAUCUUCGUCAGAAGAGACGGUAACUCCGACCCCUAGCAGCAAGGGUCGCUCCAAGGGUCGCUUGGUGUCUGGCAAAGCCGAGGUCAAAAGAGCUCGGCAAUCUAGAAAGGCUGGACAAGGGAUCAAUUGGCAGCGACGUAGGCACGGAGAACUGACAGCUGGUCAGAUGGCGGCUUUCGGUUUGUCGGACACAGAGGAUAUCGCUGAAGAUACCGAUGCUUAA